AUGGACGAUGAAAGUGCGCUGCUCGGCGAGCCGGAGACGCCAGAAAUGGAACAAAAACGAGUGUUCAACAUAAUGGAGUCACUUGCAGCCGGCGAGCAUGUCGUUGUGACAGAAAGAGAUGUAGAUAUUGUUGAAAUGACGCUUCUCAAAAUCCGCGAGAAUCUAACAAUCGCAAAGGCAUCAAUACUAACCGAAGAGGACAUUCUAAACGUGGCGAAUCUCAAUUUCAUGUCUCCAAAUCCAACGAAAACGACGGCGUCGUCUGAAUUCAAGUUAUCACCUCAAUCCGCACAAGAUGAGGAGAUUCUAGAUUACGAGGAGUCGAUAGAUGGAAUGGAAACUGAUGGAGAACUGCCGAAAAGUCCAGAAAAUUCGAGAAAAUCCGAGGAAAUGAGUCCAAAACCCACGAAAAAUCGUCAAAUGAAGCGAAAAUCCAGUGAAAAAUCGGCGAAAUUCAUGAAUUCCGGUGUGAAAUUGGUGGCCGACGUAAUCUACUUGUCAUCUGAUUCCUCGGAUUCAGAAUCCUCAAUUCCAGAAGUGAGAGUGAUGAAAAAGAAACGAUCGAAAAUAGUGUGGGAUGAGGUGAAAGAGGAAUUUAAGACGGAUGAUGAGGUGACUGCUGAUGAAGAGGAGGACGAUACGAACAAGUCAUCGGCGGAUUUCUUGAAAAAGUUGACAAAGGAGCAGAAUUACCUAAAACUGCGUAAAUCCUCUUCUCUGAGUGUGGAUUCGAAGAAAGUUGGAAUGACGUAUCCACUGGGUGUGACGUAUGAUGAUCCAUCUUCCACUUGGUUCAUCACAAAUACUCCAUAUCAUCUAGAUGGUAUCGGAGGAGAGGAUAAUGGAGAGAGCAAAAUACUGAAAAUAUACACUGGAAGAGAUCAGAGACGUCCACAAUAUUCAGAUAUCGAAGGUCCCGGAAUCGAGAAUCCAUCCGCUAUUUGUGUUUAUAAGGAAGGAUCCCAAAUCGCCGUCCUCUGCUCCGACAACAAGAAAUAUCCAUCAAUUCGCAUAAUAAAUCACAAAAGAGACGACAAGAUCUCCACCUACUGCUCGUGGAAAAACGAAGAAAUCGAUUUCAGUCAUCCGGCACGUGGAUUGGCUCGAACCAAGGCGGGAAAUCUGUUGACAACGGACCGCCCGUUCAACAAAUUCCCUCGUUUGAGAAUCUUCUCGAAACGAUCGUAUAAAGUGGUCGAGAAGUCGUUUGAUCUCAUUCACGCGGACAUACCGUCAUUUGUCGCGUCUUCUGGGGAUACUGUAGUUGUCACUGAUCUCGGACAGGUUCAAACUGUCACACUGAUCAAGUUGGACGACUCAAAGUGGAAAAAUAUCAAGUUUCAAGUGCUUAAAGUCAUUCAAACGAUGGGUGUGAACCUUCGUGCCGAAGAGAUGCUCGACCAGAAGUACUUUCUCUACGUCUCGGGUGCCCAAAUCGAUCGAAAUGGAAAUGUUAUCAUUGCCGAUGCGAAGAAUCAUCACUUCAAACUGUUCAAACCGGCGCCCGCCGCGAUGACGUUCGUAUCGAGAGUGGCCACCGAUUUUCCUGUGCCAUAUGUCUCCUCAUUCCAUGUCAAUAAGAAGGGAGAGUGCCUAAUCCUGUCGACCCGCGAAUCAUCGAAAAUCCAUUUCGCCAAACUCACAUCGACAAAUCGACUCGAAAGACAUAUUAAAUCUGGAUCCGGAGGCCGAAUUGGAGUCAAAAAUCCGCUCAGCUCUAAGCGUCUUACCUAUAGAAAUGGUGUUUAA